GACAUGACAUUUUUUUGACAUAAACACAACAUAAGCAUAACACUGUUACAGAUGGGAGUGAUUAUUUUUCUUAUAUUUUUUCAAAACGAUUUAUGUGAGAAUUAAUUUAUUUUACAAAAAUAAGUGAAAUUUAGGUCAAUUAACGAUAGAGUUUCAUAGCGUGCUCCAAUCAUGUCUGAAUUCUGGUUGAUAUCAGCUCCAGGAGACAAAACUUGUCAGCAGACGUGGGAUACUUUGCACAAUGUCACUGCUGUACAGAACAAUUUGUCUAAAAAUUAUAAAUUCCAGAUUCCAGAUCUCAAGGUGGGUACCUUGGAUCAAUUGGUAGGUCUUUCUGAUGAUCUUGGAAAACUGGACACUUAUGUUGAUCAAGUUACGCACAAAGUGGCUUUAUACCUUGGUGAAGUAUUGGAAGAUCAACGAGAUAAGCUUCAUGAAAAUUUAAUGGCGAAUAAUUAUGAUUUGGCUACGUACUUGAUGAAAUUUCAGUGGGACUUCGCCAAAUACCCUAUUAAACAAUCUUUACGUAAUAUUGCUGAUAUAAUCAGUAAGCAAGUUGGUCAAAUUGAAGCCGAUUUAAAGACCAAAUCUACCGCCUACAAUAACCUUAAAAGUAGUUUACAAAAUAUGGAAAAGAAACAAACUGGCAGUUUACUUACGCGGAAUUUAGCUGAUUUAGUGAAAAAAGAACAUUUCAUUCUUGAUUCUGAAUAUUUGACUACUCUGCUAGUCGUAGUUCCGAGAAACGGUAUGAACGAUUGGAAUCAAAAUUACGAAAAACUUACCGACAUGAUCGUACCUCGUUCGAGUCAAAUGAUAUUCACUGAUCAAGAUUACGCGUUAUAUACUGUUACAUUGUUCAAAAAAGUAGUUGCCGAAUUCAAACAUCACGCCAGGGAACGCAAAUUUAUCGUAAGAGAAUUCUCUUACAAUGAAGAGGAAUUAGCCGCCGGCAAACAUGAAAUAACAAAAUUAGUGACAGACAAGAAAAAGCAAUUUGGCCCUUUGGUUCGUUGGCUGAAAGUAAAUUUCAGCGAGUGUUUUUGCGCUUGGAUUCAUGUAAAAGCUCUGAGAGUAUUUGUCGAAUCCGUCUUGAGGUACGGACUUCCAGUAAAUUUCCAAGCAAUGUUAUUACAACCCAAUAAGAAAAAUACUAAAAAACUGAGGGAUGUUUUGCAACAACUUUACGGUCAUUUAGAUAGUAGCGCUCAAGCGGGAGCUCAAGGCAGCCACGAUAGCGUCGAUAUACCAGGUUUAGGAUUUGGCCAAUCAGACUACUAUCCAUAUGUUUAUUAUAAAAUCAAUAUUGAUAUGGUGGAUUCUAAAGUAUGAUCGGAUAUCAUUUAGUAGCGGUUACCAUUAUUUAGGAAUUAUUAUAUGUAAUUGUAUACUCUUUCCUUUACAUAAAAUACUAAAAUUUUGAAUGCAUUUUUCAAAAAAAAAAAAAAAAAAAAAAUUAAAAAUUGUCUAUAAAAAUCUGUUUUAAAAAAAAUAGAUUAGAAAAUUUUCUUCUUUGCUUAGUACUAGCUACGAUGUAUGAUUCAACGUAUUGACGCCAAUGCGCCAGUAAAAGUCGAACGAAUAUUAUAACGUUGUUAUUGUUGUUAUUGUUAUGUGAUUUCCAUCCUUCAUUUUAAUCUAUUUAUUCUUUAGUUGAUACUAUUUUAAAACUUAUACCAUUGUUUUUCACUAAAAUGAUUUUUUUGUUUGUUGAAAAAUUCAUCUUAUUUAUUUCGAAGUUCCAAUGCUAUCUUCGAGUGAAGAAUUUUGAUGUAAUAAAACAUAAAUUAUGCUCUAAAAAUUAUUCAAAUCCAUGAGGAAUUGAAAAUUGAUUUUCUUUACGUGUAUGCUUUAUUUUGCAAUUACCAUGUAUAUGUUUUGUCAUAAUUCAUCGUAGGUUGUUAUAUAAUAAUAUGCAAUAAUUGCUAUUUUUAAGUGUAAUUUUCAGUACCUUGGGAAAAAAGGUAUUUUUGUACGUCAAAAAUGUGUAUAAUGAAGAUUGAUUCUAAAACGAUGUAAACGAGAUGUUGAAAUUUUUGCAGAAAUAAGUAUAUACCUACUUGAAAUUUACAAUUUCUACGGCAGUUUGUGUAUAAUUUCACCCAGAAUAAUUUUUAAUUUACGGAAAUCAUACUGUUGUAAACAUUCCAUUUGUAUAUCAUUUAUCGAUUUAAAAAAAUAAAUUGUUUAUUUUAAA